UAAGUUAGGUAGAUAGCCGGUCUGUUUAUUUCACUUGCUUUCAUGCUUCAGGAGCAUCGUUACUGUCUCAUAAGCACCGAUCCCUGAUAUAAGAGCUCGCAAAGAUGGAAGGCGUUCGACUAGUUAUUCUCUAUCUGGCUGUUCCUAGCCUCCUAUUUUCUGCCCUUCGCCAGAUCCUCUCUUGGACGCGAAAGGGCAAUGGAUCAACCAAGACCAUUCCUGGGCCUCAGCAAUUCCCUAUUGUCGGGAGAGUCCAUGACCUCGAUAGGUUUUGCAUGUGGAAGAAGUUCAAGGAGUGGGCCGAUAUAUAUGGCCCCAUAUACAGGACGAGCAUGCUGGGCCAGCAGUUUAUUAUCAUUUCGGAUCCCAAGAUCGCCGAAGAGCUUCUCGUCAAACGAGGCCACAUCUAUUCCGGCCGUCCUCAGAUUAGAGCUCUUUUCGACCACAAGACUGGGCCAGGUUACGUUGCAUUAAUGGAUAGGCACGACAUCUGGACUCGUCAACGGAAGUGGGUUCACGCCGCGAUGGCUGAUUUCCAUCGAGCCCACUUCUUUGGAGUGAUUGAGACGGAAGUUAAACGAUAUUUGGCCAUGCUUCUCCUCGAUCCUGCAAAAUUCCACGCUAAUGCACGGGAACAUUGCGGACGCAUAAUGAGCCGGCUAGCAUGGGACGAUGCAUCGCAGGGCAAGGAAAAUGGCGACAGUGCUGAUCGCACCCUGACGCAGAUGUCCGUGUCGGGACCGAUCGUUAACACGGUAACGCCCUUAUGGGCCAUACCUUGGGCGCUGAACCCGUGGAAGCAGUCGGAAAGGGCCCGCGAAGAUGAACAGCGAGCGUGGUGGCUUGGUUCUUACCAUACGGCGAAGAGAAGGCAUCUGAAUGGCGAGCUACCCAAAGACACGUGGUCCAGCCGGUACUUCACAGGUCUCCAGGAGCAAGGCAACAUCGGCCUGGAGCAGACCCCCCAAGAAGAGGAGUUCGCGAGCUGCAUGCUUGGGUUCCAGAACCUAGUGGGUGUCGUGACUAUUAGUGGGCCAAUGUUAUUCUUCCUAAUGGCUAUGCUGUUACAUCCCGAAUGGCAGAGGAAAGCCCAGGAAGAAAUCGACAGAGUUUGCGGUGACCGCAUGCCGACAACAGCGGAUAUGGCCAAUUUGCCUACGGUUCGAGCGUGUCUAAAGGAGACACUUCGAUGGCGAUCCGGUGUACCUCUCGGAGUGCCUCAUCAAGCGGAGCAAGACGACGAGUUCAGGGGCGAGAAAAUUACGAAAGGCACGAUAGUUAUGGCAUGCGAAUGGAGUAUGAACCGCGUACCGGAACAGUACCCAGAUCCCGAGAACUUCCACCCUGAGCGGUACUUAGAGAAGGAAUGGCCCACCUAUCAAGAGCCGCUCUCACGAUACCCAAAUUUGCGGGAAGGAAAAGGGAUGCACACCUUCGGAUUCGGCCGUAGGACGUGUCUGGGCCAGCACAUCGCAGACGACGAGAUGUUCGUCACGGGGGCGGGGGUCCUUUGGGGGUUCAACCUAAGUAAGAAGAGGUGUACUCAAACAGGUGAAGAUAUGAAGUUCGAUAGCGAGGCCACCAAUGCCCACGUUAUCUUGGAGCCUUUGCCGUUCCCCUGCGAGUUCCAGCCGCGAAGCACCGAGAGGGCGGCGCAAAUCCUGUCUGGGUACGCUGAGGUGCGGGAUCAGCUUAAGAUGUAGAUUAAGUUGUUAAGGGUACAUCGGAUGGAUAUUGAAAAGGACAUGAUUGGGUAUAAAUCGGCGGGUAGUUACAUUGAGGCAUCUAGGUUGAGCGUAGAGCGUUGGAAUAUACCAUUUACUUUUUCUCAUCCACUUCCACCUAAUGUCUCAAUAAAUUUGAAAACCUGUUUUUUACCAUUAUAAACUUCUUCAAGCCUUAUGC